GUAUAAAAAGUGAGGUUAUAUUUAUAUUAUAAUUAGAAUUAAAAAUAAGUUAGACUUAAAAUAAGUAAUUAGCAUGGAUGCAAUAUGGAAUCACAUGGAAUUAGAACGACCUCCAAAUGCAACUUGUCAAAUUGACAAUAAAAUAUUUGAUGCAACAAAAUUUUUAUUGGUGUUAAAUAGAAUCAUAAAGGAUUUAACUUCUCAAGAAUUGUUGCAUAAAGAAGCAGCAAUUUUAAGUAGAUUGCUUUAUCGUAUGAAAACUAAAUUUCGAAAUGACAAAGGUAUUAAAUCAAUGUCUAAAGUAAAUAAAGCUUUGCUUAAAUAUUUAUCAUUAUCACUUGAAAAGGAAUAUGAGAAAUUAAAGAAUAAUGUUGAAAUAAAUGAAAAAUAUGUUAUAUUACCUAGCAAACAAAUGGUAGAAUAUGUUUUGAUUAGAACACAAAGCUUUACAAAAAUUAUGCUACGUGUGGAAGAAAUUUCUAAAUAUACUGCACAUUUUCUUAAAUGUAGAAUAAAUUUAGGUCAUGCUUGGUCUAUUGCACUUGUUGCAUAUGCUGUUAUUAGUAGAAUCUGGAUUUUAUCAAGAUAUUUAAUUAAAAAAGCAUGUAUAUGGUAUAAUGAUUUAUAUCAUUACCUAAAUUUAUUAAAAGUUGUUGGAGUACAUUGGCUCACACAAAAAUAUGAACUUACAAAUGAUUUAAAAUCAUGGUUAUCAAUACCAUGGGUGGAUGAACCAAUUCCAAGUAUUCCCAAUGAUUAUGGAUUAAAAACUACAAUGUUUAAAUUAAUCACUCCUUGGGAAUAUGAUUCAGAUGAAGAUUUGAAUAAGAUAGUUUAUAAUACACAAGAUUAUAACAAAGAAGUAAAAUCUGAAAAUAUAUUUUCAUUAACAAAAAAUGAAAAUAUUGUACAUAAUUUAAUUCCAAAUGAAAACAAAAAUAUUAUUUUUAAUGACGAUACAGGAGAAAUUAUAGAUCGCCAUGAUUUUAAUUUAAAAUGUAUUCAAAAUACAUCAAUACUAAAUACUAAAAAUGCUAAAAAAGAAAACAAGAAAUUCAGUAAAACAAAAGAAAACAAAAUAUACGAUGAGAAUAAUCAAGAAUUUUAUAUUGGGAAUAUAGCAAACGAAUUUAUAAUCAAAGAAGAAGAUAUAAAUACUAAAAUAGAAUUAAAAAAUUUGACAAAAAAAAAAAGUUUAAAAAAAUUAUUUACUUUUCACGAUGUCAAUAAUAAAUCGGAUUUAAUUGUACUUUUAAACAAAGAAUCGUAUCCUGGUUUGGAUAAAUUACGAUGGAAUAUGAUUAGAAAUAAAGGCAAAAAAUUACUAGAUAAAUUAGAUGCUUGUUCUAAUGAAACAAAACAAAUUUAUUUAUUUAAAAAAAUAUUGAAACGCAUAAAAAAGUGGAUUGCAUAAAUAAAUUCAAUCCAUAUAAAAAUUAGAUUAAAAGAAAGAUACAAAAAUAAAUAUAUUUUUGAUUAAAAA